AGAUUGCGAUAAAAAAAACACGUGAAUGACCCACAGUUCAAAGACUGAUAAGCACUUAUGAAUGGUUCUGCAGAGGGUGAGCCACCUGCUGCGCAGUGGGUGCUUAUCGAAUGGGCAGAAGAAAAUAUGCGAUUAAAGCAACGUCAGUGGAAAAAUGCAGCGCCCUCAGUUGAUAAUUCCCAUGAGCUUUACUAUAAAGCUUGCGAACUCGAUCUACAAAGGUCAGUAGCAACUCGAGAUGCAGUCGCAGCAGAAUCGGAAAGUCAGCAGCAUUAAAGCUAUAACCAUGAAACUAAUCCUCCUUCAAUUCCUUGGUAUCCUUGGCUGUGGAGUAGUGGCCCAGAAGUACUCACCCAUUGCCAACUGGCAUAUGGGUGAUCCUCAUUAUACGAGUGAUCAGUAUGCCAAGAUCCUGGGCGAGGCGGGUAUUGGUCAGGAUGCAGAUGAUAAGGAUCACAAGGGUCUGGGUCCCAUGCAAAUUCAGUAUGUGGACUAUCAGCCAAAUUGCCAGCCAGGCGGAGUGCCUGUGUGUGCCACCAAUGGAACCGAUAACUUCUACUUUGAGAACAACUGUCGCCUGGAGGCAGCCAACAUGAAGUUGCUUUUCCAAUAUGGAACUGAGCUUGAGCCUACGGAGAUGGAGCGCUGCCUGCCCACAUGCCAGACGAUGAAGUGCACCAAAGUGGAGCGACCAGUUUGCGCGCUGGCCGAGAUCGGUGGAGCUGUACCCCAAACUUUUAGCAACGAAUGCGAGAUGCGACGACGGGAAUGCCACACGAGACAGGUCCUGCGAAUCCUUCAUUCUGGUCCCUGCCAAACUCCAACCAAAAGUGGACGCAAGAAGAAGCUGCGUCGCAACAAAAAGAAGCGUCCCACAGCCGCAGCCGCUCCCUCCAUUUCCAAGUUUGCCAAUGUCCCAAAGAAAGUAUACAUAAUGCUGGCUACUCCAGCGCCUUGGAGCACCUCUCCGGCAACUCCCAGAGCUAUAUCAACCACAACCACAAGAAUCACCACAACACCAAGAAUGAGGCCAACGAAGCUUACUAGCACUAGUCCUUCGCCCAUGCAAUUCCGACAACUAACGAACCUCGCCAAUCCCAUGGUCUCCGUUUCCCGAGCCGUGGAUGCCUAUAAUGUUUACAAUAUUCCCGAUGUGGGUCAUGAUUAUGGAGAGAUAACCGACUCCUCGCUAUCGAUGUUUUUGCCAGAAGUGGGUCGGGUUACAGAGCCCUAUACCCCGAGCAGUAGCACCACCACCACUACUACCACCUCAACAACCACACCUACACCCACUACCAUGGCAUCAAGGAUCACUACACUUCCAGCCACCACCACCACUACUAGGACCUACUCGACGACAAUGCUGCCCAGCACCACUGAGUUUAGUUACAAAACCACAACGGAGAAUUCGGAGGCCAUAACCUACGUGAGCAGCACCACUCGUGAAUCUUCCACAACUCCACAAUCCCUGGCCCCUUGAAAACAAUUUUGAACUACCUAAGAAAUCAGUAACUUAAUAUUUAUUGAAACUAUUUAUAAAGCAGUUUAGGAUGAGCAAUAAAAAAUCGCAGAAAUUAA